AUGUGUUCCAUGGUCUUCUCAGACGAAGAGGCGCGCUUUCUGCGACUCGUUCUGCGACUGGCCGAAAAAGAACCUGACGACAACCGAGCAAGCUGGGCAAUCAAUGGACUGCACAGCACAGAGAAGAAAGCAAAGCCGGCGGACGAGUUACGGAUCCUUGUGAUCGGCGACAAAGGAGUCGGCAAGACAAGCCUCCUCGCCAAGCUCUGCACAGGCGUCUUCCCCGACCCAUCCACGAUCUCGACGUCCGUCUAUGCCCAUGGCUGCCGCCACAGCAUCACCAUCGACUCGAGGCUCUACGCGAUCGACGCGCUCGAGCUACCAGCAGACCACCUCGCCGCACCCGAGCGCCUCGCGCAGGCCCUCGCCAUCACCGACGCCGCCAUUUUGGUCUACGACAUCACCAACCUAGCCUCUAUAACCUACCUCAAGUCCCUCGCCAGCGCGAUUGACGAGGCGGUUCACCACAGCGACAACAGCAAGACGUCAUCCAACCCACCCGCCGAGAAACGCAGCACCGCCUUCUGCCACCACCACUUCACCAGCUCAUCCACCCGCAAGGAUAACAAUAACAACAACACACCGACACCUCCCGCCCGCCCCUACCACUUCCUCCUCCUCGGCACCAAGACCGAUGUCCCUUCUCCGCUGCGCGAGGUGACCUGGCUCGAGGGCCACGUCGCAGCCACCGAGUUCUUCGGACCGUCAGGCGUCGCGGGUGGGGCCAGUGCGAGUUUUAUGGAGGUUUCGGCAAGAACGGGCGAGAACAUUGGCGCAGCGUUUCGACUUCUGGGUCGGGAGGUGCUGAUGAGCCGGAUGGAGAGGCAGAAGUAUUUCUUGGCGCAGCAACAGCGAGGGCGGUGCAGGGGCGGGGCCAAUGGUGGUAGUAGUAAGAGAGAUGGGGGUGGCGUGCUUGCGGGGAGCAUGAGGAAACGUUGGUGUGCUUUGAAGUCGACUCUGUCAAGUGGCAUCUUCAGAAAGGAGGGUGGAAAGUAG